UUGGGGUGGUAGACGGGUCCCCUCAGCUUGUUGUAGUUGAUGGAUUUCCAGGGAAUCAGAUCCCCCCUACAGGAUUUAGUGGCCUCCUCCAGCCCAGCUCAGUGAGCAGUAAGCAAGUCUCACAUCUCUCCCCUUCUCUCUGUGCAAUCCCUGAGUCUCCAGCAGGGGAGAGAGCAGGAGAGGGGAUUUUAGCCUGGUUCCUUCUGUCUCUCUCACACAUACACACAUACACACAGUCCCCCUGCCCAGACAGUGCUGGAGCAUCACUCUCUGGCUGAUGCUCACUGCCCUCAGCAUGGAAUAGAAUCCUGGGUGGAACAGAAACAUAUUGAGGAUUCCAAGCCUCUGGCUUCUUCAUCUAUAGGAUUCCAGCAUUGGAGAUAAAGAGCUUUGGAAGGUCGAGAAUCUCUAGACGGACUGGGACUGCUCAUCUGCUCGGAUCAUUGAUUUCCAAGGAUGGGAUGUAAUGGUGUCUUCUUCUCGUGGGCAGAGAUGAAAGGAAUAGUGUCGUUCCACUGUGGGCUACAAAACCAGCUUUAACCUCUCAUCACCUCUCGAAGCCAUAUGCGAUAAAGAUCAGGGAUUUGGAGGUCUCGGUUUAAUAAAUUGAGAAAACAGGAAGCCUUUUGGUGCAAAUAGGAGAACAGGGAAUUCAACUGUGAGGCCUUUGAGUUCAACACCUUACAGUUUAUUAUAACCCAGUACUGAGCUUAAUAUAAUCACAUAGAUCAUAGCACUUGACAAAAUAGGGCACUGAGCAGAACAAUUUGGUUAUUCUUCUGGAAAUACAUCAUUCCUCCACAUCUCUUUAUAUCCCCGUAUCCAACCAGAGGGUCCUUAUAUAUUUCAGUUUUUUUAAAUACAUCCCGGUCUUGUUUGGUAAGACAAAAUAUGAUGCAGCUUGAUAUUGCAGUACAUAAAAAUACACAUUGUUUACCUGCUCUGUUCAUUAAUUGUGUUCCCUCUACUAGUGCACUUUAUUGAACACAUCUUAUUAACUCGAUUCAGUACUCCUUACUAUAUCCAAUUACAGCUUCUACACCACAAAACACAUAGUGUGAUCUAGCACAGUAGGGGUCAUCAUAAUAAGUUUAAGAAAAUCUAGGCUCAGUGUGUGGUAGAACAUUGUUGCAUUAUUCAAAUGUCCCAAUUUAACAUGGAGAACCAACUUCUAUAUCAGUGGAGCUAGAUCUAUUUUAAUGUCAUUAUAUUCUAAUAUACAACUUACCUGUCCACGUCAAUUUAUUUUGUUGUUUUGUAGCAUCACAACUCAUCCAGCGGGUUCCAACACUGUACAAGUUUGUGCACCUUAAACUUCCUACUUAACUUCACAGUCCAGGUUAGCGUUAACCAAUCCUAGUGCAUUUUGAUAUAUCUUAUAUUAGAUUCAGACAUUUUAGACUGGUCUUGCACAUCCCACCACAGUCAACCUAGGUACUGUCUGGUUCAUUUAAAGAAUGCCUCAGCAGAAUGGCUAUAAAUGAGGGAUGUGGUAAUUAUGGAACUCUCUAUCACCACCAUCCAUGGUUAACAACUACCUGCUGCGUGAUGUGAGGUCUUGGAGACCCAGUGGACUUGGAAUGGCUGCUCAAGGCUUUGCCUGGACUGUGGUGCUGAUUUUUUGCAGCCCAAAGCUCUUGGGAAUGGUUUCAAUGGAAACGGGAUUGUCAUUGGAGGUGUCUGGCCGAGUAAAACGUGGUUGGGUUUGGAACCAAUUCUUUGUGGUUGAGGAAUAUACAGGGACAGAACCACUGUAUGUGGGAAAGAUUCACUCAGACUCCGAUGAGGGUGAUGGUUCCAUUAAGUACACUAUUUCCGGGGAAGGGGCCGGUUCCAUCUUUAUCAUUGAUGAACUAACAGGGGACAUACAUGCUACGGAGCGUUUGGAUCGGGAGCACAAGACCUUCUAUACACUCCGUGCACAGGCUCGAGACCGAAACACAGAUAGACUGCUUGAGCCUGAAUCUGAAUUCAUCAUUAAAGUACAAGACAUUAACGACAGCGAACCACGCUUCCUCCAGGCACCAUACAUUGGAAGUGUCCCUGAGCUGUCACCUGUAGGCACAUCUGUCAUGGUGGUGUCAGCGUGGGAUGCUGAUGACCCAGCUUACGGGAGUAGUGCAAGAGUGGUGUACAACGUCGUGGAGGGAGAAAAGCACUUUACUGUGGACAGUAAAACAGGUGUCAUACGGACGGCGGUGUCUGAUCUGGACCGCGAGUCCCAGGAACGCUACGACCUAGUUAUUCAAGCUACGGACAUGGCAGGGCAAUUAGGGGGUCUGUCUGGAUCAACAACAGUCACAAUUGUGAUCACAGAUGUUAAUGACAACCCACCUAGAUUCCCUCAAAAGCUUUAUCAGUUUAGUAUCAUGGAGACUGCUCCCCCCGGCUCUGUGAUUGGACGAGUGAAGGCAGAAGAUGCCGAUGUUGGUGAAAACACGGAUAUGUUCUAUCAGAUCCAGCAGCAAGACAUGGCAGCCAUGUUCAGAGUAACCACGGAUACCGUCACGCAGGAGGCUAUACUGAGCAUACUGCAGCCCCUGGAUUUUGAAACCCAGAAGGAGCAUUCACUGGUCUUGGAAGCUCAGAAUCGUUUUGUGGAUCCUCGCUUCACUGAUUUAGGAACGUUUCGGGAUCAGGCAAUUGUAAAAGUGUCUGUAUUGGAUAUAGAUGAGCCCCCACAAUUUCGUCCACUGGAUGGGGUGAUAGAAGUAUCGGAAGAUGCCCACAUUGGUGCUGUUAUUGGAGUAAUCACAGCCACAGAUCCAGAUAAAGCCAAUAACCCAGUCAGAUACACGUUGGAUGGGACCUCAGAUGAUGGGAUUUUUGAGAUAGAUGAUGAAUCUGGUGAAAUCAGGAUCAAAAAAGCUCUGGAUCGUGAGACUUCAGGGUGGCACAACCUAACUGUGCAGGCAAAGGAAGCAGGAGAUCCUUUAAAGGUUUCAGCUCUGUCUCUUCGGAUUCGAAUCCUGGAUGUGAAUGAUAACCCUCCUGAGUUGGCUACUCCUCAUGAAUCUUCUGUGUGUGAAGAUGCCCUCCCGGGGCAGCUGAUUCAGACUAUUAGUGUGGUGGAUCGUGAUGAACCAAUGGGGGGACAUCGUUUCUACUUCAGACUUGCACCCGAGUCCAGCGCGGAGCAUCACUUCACUCUGCUCAAUGUUAAGGAUAAUAUGGCCUCGGUGCAUACACACCGAAUGCCGUUUGACAGAAGAGAGCAAGACAUGUUUAUUCUCCCGAUUCUUGUGGUUGAUGGAGGGACCCCAGCUUUAAGCAGCACAGGAACGCUUACCAUCCGAGUUUGUGGAUGUGACAGUUCAGGAGCUGUACAGUCUUGUAACACUACUGCCUAUGUGAUGGCUGGAAGCCUGAGUCCUGGAGCACUUAUUGCGUUGUUGGUGUGCGUCCUCAUCCUUGUGGUGUUGAUCCUGCUAAUCCUGGCUCUCAAGCGUCACCACCAGGGCCACCUGAUAUCAGAUGAGGAUGAGGACAUGAGGGACAAUGUCAUCAAAUACAAUGAUGAAGGAGGUGGGGAGCAGGACACUGAAGCAUAUGAUAUGUCUGCAUUGCGCAGCUUGUAUAAUUUCAGUGAGGGGAGUGAAGCUGGUGGAGACAGCACCCUUGCGUCCCAACGUCAUCCACUACCCCAGUGGUUCCCUGGAGCUGAGCUGGACUUCUCACUCUUCAAGGAUUACAUCAGUCGGAAGGUGAGGCUAGCGGAUCAGGACUCAUCAGUGCCUCCAUAUGAUUCCUUCCAGACUUAUGCCUUUGAAGGCUCAGGCUCCAGUGCUGCCUCUUUAAGUUCCAUUAGCAGCUGGUCUACAGGCUCAGAACAAGACUUCUCCCAGCUGGGCUCUUGGGGGCCCAGAUUCCGCCAAUUAGCUGCACUAUACGCUGGACAUAGAGGGCAAGAGGAAAGCCAGGGGUCCUAGCCCCAUGUGUGCCCCUUUUAUCAGGGUACCAAAAUAAGACCUUAUGCCCUAAUUGCAAGGGCAGAACUGAUCCAUAUUUAUUACAUAUCAGUAAUUGCAACAGCAUAUUACACAGCUUCCUAUGUCCUUAAAAUGUCAUCAGUAUAUUACACAGCUUCCAAUGACUCAUUAGACAUCCAAAUCUUACUUACCCAAUAACAUCAUUUCUCCCCAUACACUGGUUGUUAAAAUAUAUUGUAUGUCAGUAUACACAACACAACACAAUCUUUACAACACAGCAGUCGUGUCAAAUGCAUCUCCCUCAUUCUUGCACAUCCCAUACGCAUUCUGCAUCCAGACAUAACUGCUCAGCUUCCAUUCAUUCCAUCUGAGACUUUUACCCCAUGCAGAUCACAGCUGAGUCUAACAGGGUAAUCCCGGUGGGAUUUACACUCAGUCGACGUGGAGAAUACAGACAAAUCCAAAGUAUUGUCUGUCAAUGAAUUUGUACAUAGCACCACCUUUCAUUAUAUCAAUAUAUCUUGGAUCUGUGGACUGUAACAUCAAGUUUGUGCAGUGCAGUUAUUAAGACUGUAUCUCCCAAAGUGCACUGCAUCAGCUCCCGAAAGCAGCAUCGUAAAUUUAUCAUGUUUCCUCUGAAGGCAAAAUAAAAAAAAAAGAAAUCUUCUACUAA